GGUUUCCCAAGAACCAGAGACUCACUACUCCGUCGACGAGAAACAUCAAGGAUAGAGGAGCCUUGAUCUUACAGGACUAACUGUGUUUAUAACUUCAAUCAAAAUGAUUUCGAUAGUGAUUCUGGCUAGUUUAGCCGCGUUGGUUGCAUCUGCUCCGGCACAAACCAAGACGGUUAUUAACGUAGACGGACCCGAUGGCCAUCACGUACAGACAGGCGAGCCAGGAAAAGCCGUUUCCGGUUAUUUCACUUCUCGAAACUCAGACGGUGUGGAAGAAAAAACAAUUUACGAGGCCGACGAAAAGGGAUUCCGAGCCACCGGAGCCCAUUUGCCCGUCGCUCCUGGCGUCUUCCCCGUUCAACGUUAUUCCGCAUUUCCCUCGGUUUACCCCGUAGCCCCUUUGCUGCCCAGUUAUGGUUACAGAUACGCUCCUCAAAACUACUACCUCUAUUAUUAUCCUGGUUACGUAUCAGGCAAAUAUGGUUCAGCUAAAGAUUACCUGUCAUCAAUCUACGAUGGGGGAUACAGGACAGGAGAAGAUUUUUCAGAAUUGUCAAUGACACCAGAAGAAAUGGCUGAGGCAAAAGAGCAAUUGGAACAGAUAACUCCCGAAGAACUUGCCGUCCUAACAGAACGUGGCCCACUUACGCCUUUCUUUCUGCCCAUGAUUUUGGCGAACAAGAAAAAUAUCAUCAUGAUGAUGAUUGCAAACAAAAUUUUGACGGCUAUGGGCGGCUAAUGUUUCUUUUUUUUCAAGCUCAUCACAAAAUAGAUUCGACAUUUUCACAAUGAAAUUUAGAAAAUUUUCUAGAAAAUUCGAAUGAUUGUUAACCUUAUUUAAUGUUUUAAAAAAAUUAAAAUAAACCGAACUAAACGUU